AUUUGGGAGAGACGAAUCGGCGCCGGAAAACAGCGGGUUGCUUGACGUGGUAUUGAUGGAGUCUAAAGCUCUGUGCCGGAACGGGAAGCAGUCGAAGGAAGAGAGCUCCUCCGGCGCGGCGGAGUUCGAAAGAGGAAAACAGACGACGGAGGAAGAAGAAGCAAAUAAUUUAUAUGUAGAAUCAGUUUUAGGAAGCAGCGGYGGAGAACCGACCGCCGAAAAUCAUUCCGACGAGUUCAGCUCCUCUCAUUCUUCAACUCGGAAAAGACCGAGAAUAGAACCAUUGGAAGAGAUGGAAUCAAUGGUAGACGACGACUUAAUGAGCCUGCUCAACAACUUCCCGUCGACAAUGCCAGUACCGGAGUGGUAUCCGGGCGGUGACGACGACCUAGGCAGCAAUACAUACAACGGGCCAUCGUUGUGCGAGUCGAAUGGCAAUGCGGAGGUGGACGAGCAGCGGCAGAACGGGGGUUCGCCGUCGUCACCAGCGCUCGAGUGGAGCCUGGGCUCAUCUUGUUGGAACAACAUGCCUGGGAUUUGCUAGGGGAUCAGCUUCCAUUACAGUCCUCCUAUUCCUUCAACAAGGCAAAUUGGAUCAAAGUUAUGAACUUUGUGUGUGAGGUUCAUAGGGUUGUUGGUUAUAUUGGGGUUGGUUUAUGUGUGUUCAAUCUUUUUUUCAUUUGGGUUUUACAAAUAUGCUAGUUUGAAGGUCUUGUGUGCAUUGGGUAGUUUAUACAUAUCAAAAAACAAAAAAACAAAAAAAGAAAAAAAAAACUUAACUUGUAAUGCAUGUUGUUGUGUAUAUAUAGUUAAAAUGUUGUAGUUUUAGCUUUAGAAAGUAUCAAAAUUUCAAACAA